UACUCAAUCAACCCAACCAUUUCCAUCCAGAUCCCAAAUCAAAACCGACGCAGCAUUUCCGCAGGAUCUCGGCCCCUCCUCCUCCUCCGCCUUCUCCAAUCCACACUCCCACUCCCCCAUUCCAACCACCCCCGACGCCGGCCAUGACGGGCACCAUCGCGAAUGGCGUGGCGGCGCCAACUGCCCCGGGGCUCCGCGAGAAGGCCGCCGCGGCGCCGCUGCCCGAGGAGCUGGCCCCGGAGGUGGUGGAGGGAGAGAGGGAGAUCGUGCUGGGGAGGAACAUGCACGCCUCCUGCUUCGCGGUCAAGGAGCCCGACGCCGACGACGAGUUCACCGGCGAGCGCGAGGCCACCAUGGCCGGCGUCCUCGCGCGCUACCGCCGCUCCCUCGUCGAGCGCACCAAGCACCACCUCGGCUACCCAUACAAUCUGGACUUUGAGUACGGUGCUCUCUCCCAGCUGCAGCACUUCUCCAUUAACAACCUGGGCGACCCAUUCAUCGAGAGCAACUAUGGCGUGCACUCCAGGCAGUUUGAAGUGGGUGUGUUGGAUUGGUUUGCUCGCCUUUGGGACCUCGAAAAGGAUGAAUAUUGGGGAUACAUUACGAACUGUGGCACCGAAGGAAAUCUGCAUGGGAUCCUUGUCGGAAGGGAAGUUUUCCCUGAUGGGAUCUUGUAUGCCUCUCGUGAUUCACACUACUCGGUGUUCAAAGCAGCGAGAAUGUACAGGAUGGAUUGCGUUAAAGUGGAUACUCUUGUCUCUGGAGAAAUAGAUUGUGCAGAUUUUGGAAGAAAGCUACUUGAAAACAAAGAUAAACCUGCUAUUAUUAAUGUCAACAUUGGGACAACUGUCAAGGGAGCAGUUGAUGAUCUUGACUUGGUUAUCGAAACACUUGAAAAAAGUGGGUUCAAGGAUCGGUUUUAUAUACACUGUGACGGUGCUCUGUUUGGUCUGAUGAUGCCAUUUGUUAAGCAGGCACCUAGGGUAUCCUUUAAGAAGCCCAUUGGGAGUGUGAGCGUGUCUGGUCACAAGUUUGUUGGAUGUCCCAUGCCCUGUGGUGUCCAGAUAACAAGGUUGAAUCACAUAAAUGCCCUUUCUAGCAAUGUUGAGUAUCUAGCUUCACGAGAUGCUACAAUCAUGGGAAGCAGGAAUGGUCAUGCUCCCAUCUUCCUAUGGUACACCCUGAACAGGAAAGGUUAUAGAGGUUUUCAGAAGGAAGUUCAGAAGUGCUUGAGAAAUGCACAUUACCUGAAAGAUCGGCUCAAGGAUGCUGGAAUUAGUGCGAUGCUUAACGAGCUCAGUAGUACAGUAGUUUUUGAGAGGCCAAAGGACGAGGAGUUUGUGCGACGGUGGCAGCUUGCUUGUGAGGGAGGUAUAUCACAUGUUGUGGUAAUGCCCAGCGUCAAUGUUGAUAAGCUGGAUACUUUCUUAAAUGAGUUGGUGGAGAAGCGGGUAACCUGGUACCAGGAAGGAAAAUGCCAAUCUCCUUGCAUUGCAGCUGAUGUAGGCCAGGAGAACUGUCUUUGUACUCUGCACAAGUCAUAAGUUUGUCAGGAGACACUCUCUGUGAGUGAUACUUGAGUAUUUACAUUGGUUGGUGUCGUAUUUACCACCUUCCAAUCGUGCAUCCUUUAUUGUUCAUUUAAAUUUAGUCCUCGCUCUAUGUCUUUAUGAGACAGAUCUUAGCACGGUAGCAUGCUGAGCUUUAUGUGUUGUAUUCAUCGUCUGUCUUCAUCUGUUCUUCCAAUAAAGUUCUGUGCAAAUGAUGUAUCCAAAUGAA